AUGUCCAGUGCUAAAGAUUUUAUACUUGAAUUGCAGCCACUGAUCGAUGCGAGCAAUUUCGACUCCAUUGGCGCGUUAGACCAACUAACCUUCACGGUCAAACUGAAGCAGCCGCCAAUCUUAUACAGAGCCAAGCUCCCACUUUUAUUGACCUUAAUCACAGCCACAACCACGUACAUCGCGUACACGAAACCCAACUUGCAUGACCAUCUUGUCCAAUUCAUGCUAAGUGCCAUUUUGACCAUGCUGACCUUGCUCGUGGGUCUUGCGCAGGAACCGCAGGAUUCCUUGAUGAUCAUGAAGGGGAUGGGAGCUCAGCUCACGGUGCGCAAGAUGUUUCCCUUCCAGAACUCGAGCAAGUUCAUCCCGAUCAACAACAUGAUUGAUCUAGUUAUACAUGAGGGUUUCCAUGGCUAUGGCCAAAUCAUCUUUUACUUGUGCUUCUUGACUAAAGGGAAGGAAGUGAAAAAACUGGAGGACACGAUACGUGUGGUGUUUGCUGAGUUUUUGCCGCGCAAGGAGAUCUUGUUGAGUGUGUGGAAGGUGAGUCGGCUCAUGCUCUUUGGCGAGAACCGGAGGUACUGGCGACGAGUACCAGGCCAGGGUCUUCGACAGGUGAACUGA